GGUGCUGAGACGUUUGUUUCAGAAUUAUAUAAUAAAAUAAUAAUAACUCUACACCGCUAUUUUAUGCAAACACAAGUCGUGCGAUAUCUAAUUCAGCUGCCGUGCGCGUUUUUAAAAAUUGUUUUCACCUUUUUGUCGAGGUCCGGCAAACAUGAGGUGUCUACCGAUCGCAGCGUUGUUACUGCCCCUGGUGUUCGGUGUCGGAUCGGCCACUGUGUAUGUCGAAGACGCGCUGUUUUGGAAGGCUUACGGUAAAUCUGAACUCCGAGAAGCUCUCGGCGUUGGUGGAGGCGCCGGAGAAAACGCCAAGUUCGCCAAAAACGUUGUGAUUUUCAUCGGUGACGGAAUGGGUCCGAAUACAGUAACGGCCACCAGGAUCUACAAGCACGGCGAGAGAGGUCAGUUGACAUUCGAGAAGUUUCCACACGUGGGACUGCUCAAAACAUACUCGGUGGAUAAACAAGUAUCGGAUGCAGCAAGUGCGACUACAGCAAUGUUUACGGGCGUCAAAAUCAAUCAAAAAGUCAUUGGAUUGGAUGCAAACCAUCACUUAAACGACAUCGUUCAUUGUGAAGAACCAACUAGAAUUGGUCUUGAGACUUUAGCUACAUGGGCUCAAGAAGCCGGAAAACAUACAGGUUUCGUGACCAAUUCGAGGAUAACAGACGCCACUCCGGCAGCUCUCUACGCCCAGACUUCAAACAGAAAAUGGGAAUGCAAUGCGGCUGUGCCAUCACACGCCGUGCAUUGCAAGGACAUCGCCAGGCAGCUGAUCGAGGACGAGCCCGGCCGUAACUUUAAGGUGAUUAUGGGAGGGGGAAGACAAUCGUUCGUCGCAAACACAACUGCCACGCUGAAAGAAAUAAACGACAAACGCGUUUGUAGGCGAACAGACGGUAAAAACCUUGUUGAUGACUGGAUUAAGGAUAAAUCGUCCAAGCACUCGUCCUACCGCUACUUGACUAAUACCAACGACAUUGUUUCUAUGAACACAGAAACCACCGAUUACGUACUAGGGUUAUUUUCCCAUGGAUGGAUGCCAAUGGAGUAUAGGAGAGAUAAAAGUAUACCGUCGUUGGAGAAAAUGACCGAGACUGCGCUACAAAUAUUGUCAAAGAGUGAGAACGGCUUCUUUCUUAUGGCAAAAGGUGGUUCAAUAGACUUGGCACACCACAGAAGUAUGGCGCGGUUAGCUCUCGAUGAAACUUGGGAGCUUGAUAAAGCUGUCAACAGAACAAUACACUUGUUGAAACUAUGGAACGUAUUGGACGAUACACUGUUGGUAGUAACUAGUGACCACGCCAGCACACUGUCCAUAAACGGAUACCCUGAUCGUGGCAAUUCCAUACUCGGUGUAGCAGGCAAAUCCCAAGUAGACUAUGUUAAAUAUACAACGUUAUUGUAUGCUAUUGGCUAUUCUCCAAAGCAGAUUUACACGAGGCAGGGAAAAGAAGUAAUACGACAAGAUCCAACUGUUUUUAACACAUUAAGUACUGGGUUCACUCAACAAGUGGGAAUUAUGGAAGAAACUGGUAUUCACGGAGGAAAUGAUGUGGCUGUAUACACAAGAGGGCCCAUGGGACACUUGUUUCAUUCAACACAUGAACAGAGCUAUGUGGCUCACGCUGUAGCUUACGCAGCAAAAAUGGGACCAUAUCAGAAUGGUUUGAACAAAGCCACUUCAGUUAUCUUUACUAAAUGUUACCUUAUGUUGACUUUUGUUGUAAUUUGUAUUUUUUUUAAUUAUUAAAGAAGUGUUUUUAAAUAUUC